UUAUGCAUUCAACCUGAACCUGAUAUACUCGGUGUCUACACCCGAUGGAGAGAGAAAGUAUCGAAAUUGUUACUCUUAUGGUCUCUCCUAACGUCCCAUGUUGAUGUUCAUUCCCACGAGUCUCAGACUCAAAUUAUUUCCUUUAAAAUGCUUUUCCACCAAAGUGUCUUCUCCACUCGUGCAACACCCACAACACUUCAUUCACCUUUUCUUCAAUGCAAGACAACACCAAAACCUCUCCGAAUGCGAACUUGCAUUGGUUUCCGCACUCAAAUCAUGUUCCUCUCUCUCCUUCUCCAACUCUUCUCAAGGCCGCCAAAUCCAUUCUCUCGCCUUCAAACUUGGACUCAACUCCAACACCUUCAUUCAAAACAGCUUGAUCAACAUGUACUCAAAAUGCGGUUCAAUUUCUGAUGCCCAGUUAAUGUUUGACGCUUGUCCUACGUUGGACCCUGUUUCUUGUAACAUAAUGGUUUCUGGGUAUGUAAAAGCUGGUCAAUUGGAUAAUGCACGUAAACUGUUUGACAUAAUGCCUAGUAAAGGUUGUGUCUCUUACACCACUAUGAUAAUGGGUUUUGUUCAAAAUGGUUUCUUUCGUGAUGCCCUUGAAGUUUUUAAGGACAUGAGGUUUCAUGGUGUUGUUCCGAAUGAUUUAACUUUGGUCAAUGUGAUACCUGCUUGCUCGCAUUUUGGUGAAAUUUGGAACUGUCGAAUGGUUCAUGCUUUGGCUGUUAAAUUGUUGGUUGACGGGUUGGUUCUUGUUUCGACGAAUUUGAUGCAUGCUUAUUGUGUUUGUUCUGGUGUAAGGGAAGCGAGAAGGUUGUUUGAUGAGAUGCAUGAAAGGAAUUUGGUUACAUGGAAUGUGAUGUUGAAUGGAUAUGCAAAGACAGGCCUUGUUGACACGGCUAGGGAGUUGUUUGGGAAAAUUCAUGAUAAAGAUGUGAUAUCUUGGGGUACAAUGAUUGAUGGUUAUAUUCUAAAGGAUCGUUUGUGUGAAGCUUUGGAGAUUUAUCGCGCAAUGCUGCAAUCUGGACUUGGACCUAAUAAUGUCGUGCUUGUGAAUUUGGUUUCAGCAUGUGGUCGUAGGACUGCAAUUGGUGAUGGUUUGCAAUUGCAUGGAACAGUUGUUAAGAGAGGCUUUGAUUGUUACAAUUUUAUGCAGACUACAAUCAUCCAUUUUUACGCAGCUUGUGGGAUGAUGGACUGUGCAUGUUUGCAAUUUGAAGUAGGUGUAAAGGAUCACCUAGAAUCAUGGAAUGCUCUAAUCUCAGGAUUCAUAAAAAAUGGAAUGAUGGAUCAGGCAAGGAAAACCUUUGAUGAGAUGCCUGAAAGAGAUGUGUUUUCAUGGAGUACCAUGAUUUCUGGCUAUGCACAAUCUGAACAGCCCAAAAUGGCUCUUCAACUCUUCCAUAAAAUGUUAGCCAGUGGGAUCAAACCAAAUGAAGUUACCAUGGUGAGUGUAUUCUCUGCAAUUGCCACAUUAGGUACAUUACAGGAAGGAAGAUUGGCCCAUGAAUACAUGCGUAGUGAAUCCAUUCCUUUCAACGACAAUUUACGUGCUGCUGUGAUUGAUAUGUAUGCAAAAUGUGGGAGCAUCAACUCUGCCCUACAAUUUUUUAAUCAGAUUCGAGAUGAAGUAUUUUCUGUGUCACCGUGGAAUGCAACUAUAUGCGGGUUAGCCUCACAUGGACAUGCAAGCACAUGCCUAGAGGUUUUUUCUGAUAUGCAGAGAUAUCAUAUAAAACCCAAUCCUAUUACAUUUAUCGGAGUCCUGAGUGCUUGUUGCCAUGCCGGGUUGGUGGAGCCUGGACGGAGAAUAUUUAAAAGCAUGAAUAGUGCAUAUAAUGUGGAACCAGAUAUCAAGCAUUAUGGUUGUAUGGUUGAUCUUUUGGGAAGAGCUGGGCUAUUAGAAGAAGCUGAGGAAACGAUAAGGAGCAUGCCAAUGGAGGCUGACAUUGUGAUAUGGGGAACUUUAUUAGCAGCAUGUAGAACUCAUGGAAAUAUCAACAUAGGAGAGAGGGCAGCAGAGAAUUUGGCGAGGUUGGCACCAUCUCAUGGUGGAGGCAAAGUUCUUCUAUCAAACAUAUAUGCAAAUGCAGGCAGGUGGGAGGACGUAUCAUUGGUAAGAAGAGUCAUGCAGGGUCAGGCAAUGGAGAGAGAGCCUGGAUGCAGUGGUGUUAUCAGGUAGUUAAAGGAGUUUCGAUGCACUUACAUUUUUUUCAGUAUGAUUUUUUCUUAAGAUAUCAUCAUGCAAUCAGGUUUCAUAAAUUGUCUAGAAAUGCUUCUCACUAGUUGUGAUUUAAGUAUAAUGUUAUUAUAUAUUUAUUUGAGUUUCAAAGUAAUUUCUUCUGUAACCUAGAAUGUGAAAAUAAGGCAUGUUUUUCUUCCGUGUCUCUUGUAAUUCUUUAGCUUCUAAUAUACUCUUCAUGACUCUAAGUGUGAUAUCUUUUAGCACA